UUUUUAUUAUUAAUUUAGAUAAAUAAAUACUACUUUCCUUUUUAAAUUUAAUUUUCAUUGGCAAAGAGCAAAAAGCAGCUCCGCUGUAUCUCUCUCGUUCAAUAAUUACCGAGACGACGACCGUAUCGGUUUCGGUUAAGGCCGCGUUUGGAUCUGAAGGAUUUAGGGUUUCGGACUUGAUGCUAUUGCUAUUCGGUCUGUACCAGAAUGUCUCAAGCUUCUUCCUCGCCUCGAAGCUCUGCAUAUCUCGACGCGCUGACGCAAGAGAUCGAGAAGAAGCUCCAGCGGGCGCUGGCUUCUCCGUCGCAGCGGCGGAAUUUGUUGCAGGAGUUGUUUGCUGACAUAGCUUUGGAGAUCGAUGAGCGAGCCAAAGAAAUGAUUCUCAGCAGGGAAGAGGAUGCAAUUUCUCCUGCUGAGGAUGGCAUUGAAGGUCAGCUGUGCUUUUAUGAUGUGCUCACUGAUCAUUAUGUUCGGGUGCCUGAGAAUGGAAAACGCAUCCUUGAUUUGAUUGUCCAACUUUGGAGCCAGUCAUUUGCAUCUCAUAUUUUUGCCUUGUUGUUCCACAAAUGGCUGUUUGAGGUUCAACUUGACAACUCUGAAGUACUUCUUCGUUACUCAUCUGCUCUUGUUGAAGGUGCAACAAAUGUUUUCUGGAUUGAUACUCAAUCAAAUGCAAGGCGAUUCCAAUCCCUUUUUUGUUAUCUGCUUGAGGAUGUUGCUUUGGAGCCCAAACGGUUAAAUAAAAUUCCUGUACAGGUCCAGCGAGAUCUAUUUCUUUUACUCUCCAGGUUUAUAAUUUUUUAUAACUCAGGUGGGUUUUCUGGUAAUGCAUCUUCAGCCUUUGAAUUAAGAAAUUGUAAUUUGUCCAUUAAUGUGUUGAUUCAUGCAGUUGACAAGCUCGACCGCUUCUUAAGGGAAUUUCCUCUUUUUCCGAACGCUUUUUUGGUUGGUAGUUCAGCAGACUUCUUUGUUAUUGAACUAGCCGAUCAGCUUCAAAAACUGAAGGUGGAACCAGUAUUGCUGCAUUACCUUUCACACAUAAAAGUUCUCCAGGGAAUGGAGCUGAGAAUGGCCACAAGCACAAGGUUAAAGGCUUGUCUGUAUAGCUUCACUUCUCCUGGAGGUCCAAUGUACCCUACAAGAGCUGUUCGUCAUGCAGCAUGGGAUGCAUUAGAUUUGCUUUUUCCCGUUGGCAGAUACCCUCGGCAUCUCAUAAGCCUGUUCUUCCGAUUGCUAUAUCCAUGGUACUGGCCCGCUUCUUGUUGGAAUUUCGUAAUGGAUUGCGUAAAGGCAGUAUUGUAUUCUCUGUUAGGAUUAAUCUACUCAAGUUUGGGGAAGCUGAGAAAGCCGAAGUUUUAAAAUGCUGCCAAUUUCGAAAGAUGUAGCCUCCUGUAAAGUUAAAAAACUAAACCCCUAGGAACCGAAGCGCAAAGUUGUUUGUAGUGAAUUGUAUUUGUGAUUUUGUUCCCCUUUUGCCCUCUUUCGACGGAACCGAAAUUGUUUCUUCUUAAUUUAGAUUGCAAACAAUACUUUGGUGUAUUGUUUGUUCCCCUUUUAGCCGUCAAUUACAAGUUCUCAAUAACUUGUUUUA